AGUACAUAUCCGGUUUGGUUUGUUUUCUCGAGCAUUAUGUAUAAAAAUCAAAACUGAAUCAAACCGCAUGUAAAUAUCAAUUUUAAUUUAAAAAAUAAACUAAACCAAACCAUAUCGGACCAUAAUCAACCAACCAUAGUCGCCGGCACCCAAUUGCAAUGGACAAUUUUCUCAUUUUCUCAAAGUAAAACGACCCAAACGCAUCCCUACUAAUUCUGAUUGCAGUCCGUCCGUUGCUUGAGAAUCCGCCAUGGGAAAGAACAGAAUAGGAGGAGGACGAGAAAAACAAGACCACCGCCCUCCCCAAGACGAGGACGACGAGACGUGGACUCUCAAACCUCCACACAAUCAAGACCAAAAUCUUGACGCGCCUUCAGUCCCUUGCACUUCUCAGGCACAGAGUAUUGGUGAGGAAGCAAAUGGGCAGCAAGAAAAACAAGAAGAAGAAGAAAUAAUUGCAGUUGAGGCGUCUGAGUCUAGUAAAGAGGAGGAUGAUGAUGUUCUGAGUAGAUUGGAAGAGUUGCAGCUCGGUGUGGAAGAGCCCAAGUUGUCGGAUGAGCAGCUAAGGAUUGAUGAUCAGGCUCAGGAGGAUGAGUUGCUCGCUAUGGAGUCCAUUUACGGAGACAACUUUUUCAUCUUUGAAAGACAAAGAGGCUGUCGAUCAUUCCAGAUUCAUAUACAUAUUGAAGCUCCUGGUGAAAUUGCUGUUACUACAAAGUUGAAUUCAUCUAGUGAUCUUAAGACCAGAAGCGACGGUUCUGAUGAAUUCUCAUACUCUUUCAAAGCGCAGCAUCUUCCACCAAUUAUGUUGACAUGUUUGUUACCUAAAUCAUACCCAAGUCACCUACCACCGUAUUUUACAAUAUCCGUUCAGUGGGUGCAUUCUAGUAAAAUCUCCCAUUUGUGUUCUGAGCUGGACUCAAUAUGGAGAGAACAACCAGGGCUGGAGGUUAUAUACCAAUGGGUGGAAUGGCUACAAAAUUCUUCGCUUUCGUAUCUUGGUUUUGAUAAAGAAAUAAUUCUUGGUCCUUACGGGGUGAGAGAUGCUGGAGAUAGACGUGCAGUUACUGGAAGUGUUUCCCCAGAUGUUGACAUUCCUUUUAUUAGAAGUUACAACGAUGAUAGACUCCAUGAGAAUUUUCACAAAAAUUUGCAUGAGUGCUGCAUCUGUUUUAGUGAGUUUGCAGGUGCUGAGUUUGUCAGACUUCCAUGUCAGCAUUUUUUCUGUUGGAAAUGCAUGAAGACUUAUUCUGACAUGCAUGUCAAGGAAGGCACCGUAAGCAAACUGCAGUGUCCUGAUGCAAAAUGUGGGGGUAUGAUUCCACCAGGUUUGUUAAAACGAUUGCUUGAUGAUGAAGAGUUUGAACGUUGGGAGUCCUUAAUCUUAAGUAAAACACUAGAGGCAAUGUCGGAUGUUGUGUAUUGCCCAAGAUGUGAAACUCCCUGCAUAGAGGAUGAAGACCAGCAUGCCCAAUGCUCAAAGUGCUUCUUUAGCUUUUGCACACUUUGCAAGGAGCGGCGCCAUGUAGGUAUUCAGUGUAUGACACCAGAAAUGAAACUUCACAUCCUGCAGGAACGUCAAAAUUUUGGUCAGUUGAAUGACAAUCAAAGGCGCAAAGAACGUGAGGAAAUCAAUGAGAUUCUCAGUGUGAGGGAAAUUCUUCGUGAUGCAAAGCAAUGCCCAUCUUGUAAGAUGGCAAUAUCACGAACUGAAGGUUGCAACAAGAUGGUGUGUAAAAACUGUGGGCAAUACUUCUGUUACCGCUGUGAUAAGGCAAUUGAGGGAUAUGAUCAUUUCAGAGAUGGUGCAUGUGAACUGUUCCCGCAAGAAGCAAUUCAGAACUGGGAGGCACAGAUGAAUCCUCGACAGGUUUUGGGUCAGAUUCAAGCUGAACUCUUUGCUGCACAUGGUCAAUUAUGCCCUAAUUGUGGUCAGUUUAAUGCAAAGAUUGGCAAUAACAAUCAUAUGUUCUGCUGGGCAUGCCAAAACCACUAUUGUUAUUUAUGCAAGAAGAUCGUUAGGCGAAGUUCUCAGCAUUAUGGACGUAAAGGUUGCACACAACACACAGCCGGAUAGUUGUGAAUACAAUUACACCCAUCUAUUCAAAGGAGAAAAACUGUAAACGACAGAGUAACUGUGCACUCAGAUCACAAGUAACUGAACCUUGUGAUCAAAACAUAGUGCAGGUUGAAAAAUCAAAAAAUUUCCUAUGCAAGGCAGUUCAUGGCACUCUUCUUAUUGGCUGCUCCAUCUCUGCAUUCUUCCCAUUGCGCUGAAUUUAACAACCUCCACUUCUUUUUUCUGCUCAAAUUAUUAUGCUCUGGCAAUGAUAGAUGUUCAUCAGUGUUGUAAAGUUUUAGUGGAAAUUGGCCAAUACACCAGGGAAUUUACAGUUUUGAAAUUAUUGUAAACUGAGCUGUGGAUAAUACAGCCGAAGGCCAUUGGUAUGAUAUCAAAAAGCGUUUAUGCGUUGAUCUU